CAGUGCUCUAGUGUCAAUGGCACAAGGUGUCAAGACCAAAUUAAAAAUGAUAAAAAAAUAAUUAAAUAAUAAAACCGCAUUGAUUACUAAUUUUUUUUAUUAAUCAUGGCUUCAACGGAGUCUCCAAUAGAUGAUGGAAUUGUAGAACCAGGUAUUGAGCCAGGUGCUUCAACUGAAACAAUGCUUGUGACUACUGACAGCUUUGACGAAUACGAGCAAGAAUUAUCCAAUAGUCUAGAUGAUAGACAAAUAAAGGAAAGUAUUAAUUCAAUACCAGAAAUAUCUGAAGAUAAGCCUGGCUCAUUUUCUUCAUCAGAAAUUCAUCCUAAUUUCAAGCAAAAUAAUUCUCUAGAAGAUGCAGACUUGGAAGAAACAACUAAUCAAAUGGCCCAUGCUGUCCUAGAUGUUGAUCCUCUUCGUUGCAAACACUGGUUAGCUCAGAAGAAGCACAUCUUUGUUCUCAGUCAAGCUGGGAAGCCUGUUUAUUCUCGUCACAGUACAGAAGAUAAGCUUGUUACAAUAAUGGGUGUAAUGCAAGCUCUAGUGUCUUUUGUUCAAGCUGGCAAUGAUACCAUUAGAUCAGUCCAUGCUGGAGAUGCGAAUUUUGUGUUUCUCAUCAAAGGACCACUAAUUUUAGUAGCAGUUUCAAAAACAUUAGAAAGUGUUCCUCAACUUAUUCUCCAAUUAACUUAUGUUUAUAAUCAAAUUUUGUUCGUCUUGACGCAGUCUCAUCUGACAAGAGUGUACGAACAACGACGUAAUUUUGAUUUAAGAAGACUUCUAACUGGUAGUGAGAGACUGAUAGAUCAUUUAUUAAAUUUUAUGGACAGAGAGCCAGCUUUUUUUCUUGGAGCAAUCAAGUGUUUACCUCUGUCGCCAUCAAUGAGGGAUUCAAUCACCCAAACAAUCAUUCAAACAUGUGGAAAAAUUAAGAACCUGGUUUUUGGUUUAUUGCUUGCCAACAACCAACUAGUGACUCUGGUUAGAAUGAAAAAAUUCUUCAUUCAUCCAGCAGAUCUCCAUCUUAUUCAAAAUUUAGUUGCAAGCUCAGAGUCUUUUAAAACAGCUGAAGGAUGGACUCCAAUUUGUUUACCAAAAUUCAAUGCCAAUGGUUUCAUGCAUGGACAUGUUUCUUAUUUGGCUGAAGAUUGUCAGGCUUGUUUGCUGUUACUUACUGCUGACAGGGAUGUAUUUACAACACUCUCCGAAGCCAAGCAAAAAAUCGUUGAAAAAUUAAGACGAACAAAUUGCCUAGAGGCGAUCAAUGAGUCAAUGAAUCGAGUGUCAAUCACAACUUCUGAAAUAGGAUUACCAGAAAUGCGUCAUGUUUUAUAUAAAUGCAGAAGUACUGCACAAUUUUGGAGUCCUGGAUUUCAACCUCCUUAUAAUAAUGAUCAAGAAAUCAAACGAUUACUAGGUCUUUAUCAAUGCUUACACCAUCGACUACAUGCUCCCAACCGUCCGCUAAAAUUAAUUUUCCAACAGCUAGACAAAGAGACAAUGUUAGCUUGGGUCACAUCAGGCUUUGAACUUUAUGUUACAUUUGAACCACUUGUCACUAAACCAGAUGCAAUAAAUGCUGUAAGUAAACUUCUAAAGUGGAUUAAAAAAGAAGAAGAUAGACUUUUUAUCCUAAAUUCACCGACUUUUUAAUAAUUUUCUUAACCCUUUGUACUGAUAAAUAAAUAAAGAAUCUAAUUUAUCAAUAUUUUUCAUAAAGUAGAGAAAAAUAAAUUGUAAAUUGUACAAAAUAGAUUUCAUUUAAGUAUUACAAAUCUAAUUCAAUUGUAAUAAUUAAGAUGAAUUUAUAUUUGUACUUGUAAACAUUAAUUCAAAAGAUUGCUUGUUAUUUAUAUUUUAAAAAAAAAA